CAUUGUUACUGUAUACAAACAACUACACGCGAUGCUGUGGAGUUCUGCUCUACCUGCUUCUAGGUAUUGGGAAUAUAAAAGGUCCAAGCUCAUGACUUGCACGACAUGAAUAGACAGUGUGCCUGAGAGUGCAACUUUUACAGAACAACAGCCAGUGCUGAGUUGAAUGUCUUUCCGCAUGUGACCAGAUCCCUGGAUGCGCACGCCUGGAUCAGUCAACAUGCAAAACGCAGGAGGGCACAUGUACUUGUGCCUUUUGAUAUGGAUUCUACUGAUCAACUUUUCAGGAGCCCAACGUGUUCUGAGCGUGACCCCCAAACUGGGCAGUAUGAAUGGAGCAACCCGGCUGACCAUUCAGGGAAGUGGUUUUGCCCAGCAGAGUCAAUUCAGUUUUGAUACCAGCAACCCAGACAUUGGCAACACUGUGACUCUGGUGUCAAGCACCAGAUCAUUUCCUUGCGACGUUGAGAAAGAUGCCACCCUUUCCACCAAAAUCACAUGCUACACUAGACCAAUGCCACAAGAUAACUACAUGCUUGCAGUCAAAGUGGAUGGAGUUCCCAUACCUACUACUGGAGUGUGCAGUGGAAAUCCAUGGAAUUACUGGUGUAUUUUCUAUACUCGUUGGUACAGGACACCUUCCAUCCAGUCUAUCACCCCUCUAAGUGGUCUUCCAGGCACUGUAGUUACUCUCCGGGGGAGAAUUUUUACUGAUGUCUAUGGCAGCAAUACAGCAACAAGCUCCAAUGGAUAUAAUGCCAGAUUUCUGAGAGCAUAUAUGGGUGGAAUGCCAUGUGAUCUUUUGAUCCCUAAUUCAGACACACUGUAUGGUUUGACUUUGGAUUCUAACACCAGCGAUUGGGGAUACAUGAGCUGUAAAGUGACUGGAACAUAUGUAGGACAUCACAACCUCAGCUACAUUAUUGACAGUGAAUUCGGAAGGAGCUUGCCAGACUUCGGGACCUACCGUGUGUCAGCUCUGAAUAAGCUUUCGAUGUUCCAAACGUUUGCAGAGGUUACUGGAGUGUACCCUUCUCAGGGCAGUCUGCAUGGCGGCACGUUGCUCACCAUUCAGGGGAACUACUUUGAUCAGACAGAUGCUCCAGCGAAGGUUUUACUAGGAGGUCGGGAAUGUACAGUACAGAAUGUAACUGAUGGAGCGAUCGUUUGUGUGACACCAGCAUAUGAAUGGAGUUACAUGACAGUGUUUCCAGGUGGACGAGGGUUGAAAAUGGAAAUGUGGAAUAACAGCAGACCACAGCGUUUAGAGGAGGUUCUAAGCUAUAACUCCAGUCGGCCAGGGUACUCAGUCCAGUGGGUGGACACCCUGUCCUAUGUGUGGCCCCUGGAAUUGGACUAUUUUGUGUCUCGGUUUAGCGGGUUCUUCGUUCCUGUGGAAACUGACAAUUACUAUUUUAUAGUUAAAGCAGAUGACCGAGUUCAAAUGUAUUUCAGUAAAACUGGCCGGCCCACAGAUAAGGUCCUCAUUGCAUAUACUACACAGUGGACCAAUGUUUACAACCGCAUGUCAACACAGAAGUCUGAAGUCAUGAGUUUGGAGGCCGGAAAGCCAUACUACAUUGAGGUCCUGCAUCAAGAGUAUGGAGGCAUUGCUUCAGUCGAUGUGGGAUUUUACAGAGAAACAAGCACUUUUACUGCUCAGCAAACUGUAGAUGCUGUGAAUGAGAUACAAGUUAUAAACGCCAGCUAUAAUGUCCUGGAUGAGAUCCAGAUGAUUGCUUUUAAAGACUGGAGCGCAGUUGCACCAGUCCAGGAAGUGCAAACAGUGACUAUAACCAGUGAUUGCUUUUCUCUGGGCACUUGUGACUACACCUAUUAUGGCCUUGUCUACGGAACGAGCAGAACAGGGCCCAUCCCUGUCAGCGCACCUGCUCAGGUGUUACAGGCUGAAUUGAAUGCUCUUUGGUCCAUUAAACCUGACACGGUCAUUGUCACAAUGGAGCAGUUGGACAAUCAGUUACAGUACUCCAUUACUUUCAAUUCAACCAGAGGUGACUUUCUAGAUCUUCAGUACUGGACAAAUGGAGCAAAUGUGAGCAUCAACAUUAUGGAGGCAAUAAAAGGAAAAGCAGAUCUGAAAAACUUUACCCUGGUGUGGGGAGGAAUUCCUUCCAAUCCUCUGGCUUACAAUGCUACAGUGACUGAGGUGACUGCUGCACUGACAGCCAUGGCGUCUGCUGCUUGUCCCAAGGAGCUGUUAAAUGUGGAAAAUUCUGCUAUUAAAUAUCUCAGAGACUAUGAGACUAACAUUACAGGGUUUACAGGUGAUGUAAGCACGAGAGGGACAAGAGUCUCUGACACCGAUGCCUUCUGUGGAUUCUGGUCUCUGAUCAACCCAACCAUUGUGUUUAAAUCAGAUGAUGUGACUGCAUCUGGAGCUACGUAUGGGUCUGUGUCGCUUCAGCAGUAUGGCACACUUUGCUUUGCAUAUAAAGGUUACCCAAAGAAUGGACUGGAAUUGGUGUUUACAUACCAAAAUAGUUUAGGAGCUGUCUCCCAAGUUACCAGCGUCAUCCCAGUAUUGUAUGAACAAGGAGGAGCAUGGAAAUAUGUGUGUGUAGACCUUUUAUCUGGUGUGCAGGGAAGGUACCCAGGUAGAAACUACCAACUUUUACAGGUUAAUCUGUAUAAAGACUCAGGGGAUUACUACAUCGACAUGGUUCAGCUUGGGCGAGCAGCCACUGUGAGCGACACAAAUGUCGCUCUCUUGAAGAGAAAACCUCCAGCUCUGGCUGAUUCUGGUCAAUUCAUUCAGAGUCUCUCAGUGCAGAAGCUCACUAAUUCAUCUGAUGUCACCUACAAGAUCACUACCUCUCCAUUCAACUGUGCCUCUGAUUUUCCUCUGAUAGAGAUCGGCUUCCUGCAGAAAAAAACCACUAGUCAGGACAUGCUAGUGCUGGCUCAGGACACUGCCACCGUCACAGUGACUCGCUUACAGAGAGCCAGUCCUCCUCUCAAAGGCACCUUCAGCGUGGAGAUCUUCGGCCAGAUAGUAAAAGAUCUGUCUGUGAACAUCAAUGAAGAUGACCUGAAGUAUGCACUGCAAGGAAUUCCAGACCUAGGCAUGCUGAGUGUAAAGAGUACAAUGAGCUGUAAAGGAAACGUUUGGGAAAUUAAUUGGCUCACCAUGCCUGGAAACCAACCUCUGCUGAAGAUCAAUGAUUCUGCUAUAGUAGGUGUGAACCCCUCUGUGAAAGCACAGACUAAGCAGCAAGGUGGACUUAUGAAACAAAGCAUCAUGGGAGAUUUUCUGCGUGUGCCCACAAAUAAAACACAGGUCCAAGUUUUUAUCAAUGGCAUCCCAUCAGUAUGUUCAGGUGACUGCGGCUUUACAUGGAGUGAAUCUAAGACCCCGACUGUCACAGGCAUCUCCCCAACGCAAGGUGCCAGUGCUUUAGGAACUGUUCUGACCAUCUCAGGAUCAGGAUUUUCCAACUCUAAUGCUAUAAUACAGAUUGGAAACAUCCAAUGCUCAGUUCUCCAGGUUACAAAUACAUCACUAACCUGUAGUGUUGGCCCUGCGAGUGCUGGAUUGUAUCCAGUCACUGUGAGUUUCCCUACUUUGGGUAACGCUUACUAUGACGGUGGCAACAUCUUCAAUUUCACCUACCAGAUGGGUGUGACCUCCAUUGAACCCAGUGCAGGCAGUGUUACUGGGGGCACAAUCAUAACUGUUUCUGGUUAUGGAUUCAGCCAGGACACCACAGCCAAUGUUGGAAAUGCUCAGUGUGAUGUAAUUGAUGUGAAUCUCAACCAGCUUGUGUGCCGGGUUCCUGCUGGAUUACCAGGAGCAAAAACAGUGACCGUGACAAUGGGAAAUGUUAAGGUCACAUCUCGAAACUUGUUUACGUACGACACUAACCUAACAGCCACAAUUACUGAAGUGAGCCCACAAACAACAACAGUGUUUGGAAUCAGGACUCUCACCGUCAACGGUACCAACUUUGGCACCCAGGUCAAUGGAAGUGCAGUCCUUGUUGGCGGUAUUGCGUGUGAUAGACUGCAGUGGGCCAGUACUAUGAUUACCUGCCUGUUACCCACACUCCCCCCUGGGCUUUAUGACAUUAAAGUUAUAGUGGGGAACCAGGGUUACCCUUUAAUCAGCUCUGAUGUGAACGCCACCAUCGAAUACAUCUUACUCCUGACAGGAGUCUCCCCACAGCAUGGCUCUCUGUAUGGAGGAACCAAAUUAACCAUCACUGGUUCUGGAUUUAGCCCUGUUCUGGAAGACAAUGCUGUUACACUAGGUGACACAGUUUGUAAAGUGACUGCUGCCUCAGACAAUCAGCUGCAGUGUGUGGUUCAAAAAAAAAAUCAAACAUACACUGUCACAAACCAAGGCAUCGACCCAACCUAUGGUCAGGGGUACGCAUGGAGCCCAACUACAGUCUUAGCAUCUGUAGGGGACACAGUGGUCUGGAUAUGGCAGGCUCCAGCAUUUGUUCAAGGCCUGGGCUACAGAGUGUUCAGCGUGGACAAUCCCAGCAGCACCGAGUAUAAUGGCGUGUCCUUCAACAGCGGAAAUUCCAAAACAGCCAAUGGGUUCUUCAGUUAUUAUUUCACAGCUCCUGGGGUUUACUAUUACAGCAGUGGCUAUAUCGACUCAGCAAACCAGACCAGCAUGCAGGGCGUGGUGAAUGUCAGACCACUAGAGGAGAGAAGUAUUAAGCUAAAUGUCACUGUAGCAGGAUUUCAGGCUCUAGAGAUUCAAGGAUCAACACGUCUUCGCAGAUCAGUUUCUGACUGUGUGGCCUUCCCUGAGUGCACCGACUCUAACACAAGCUCCAACAGCCAAUCUUUCAGUUUCUCCAGCUGUUCCAGCCCCAUUGUCAACUCCAUCUCACCUGAUCAUGGCACAUAUCAUGACCCCAUCAUUAUCCAAGGAUCUGGCUUCAGCAGCAUCACUUGUGCCAUUCAGGUCACGAUCGGAAACAUUUCAUGCAAUGUCAUCAACAGUACCUCCACUAUGAUUCAAUGCCUCCUCAGUGCUGAUAGUGGAACACCUGUUGGCAUUCUUUUGCCUGUCCAAGUCCAGAUCAACAACCUGGGCACCGCCCUGCUCACUAUGCCUAGUGAAUCUGCCCGGCGUUAUGCUGUCAUGCCUGUGUUGGAUUCAGUUUCACCCUCAGUGGGCAGCACAACUGGUUAUACACGCCUCCUUCUCACUGGAUCUGGUUUGACUGCAGGCAAAGUCACAGUGGCUGGCUAUCCAUGUAUCACAGUGUCCAGCAAUUACACUAAUAUCAUAUGCGACACAUCUCCUUCCUCAGCUCAGACGGGAAAUGUUGCUGUUCAAGUGGGUGCAGUUUCUUCAUCCUGCAGUGCUGACUGUUCGUUUCAAUAUUCCUCCUCCCUGGCACCAACAGUUUCUUCGAUCUCCCCCAACUCUAUUACUGGAAACCAAACAACUGUAGUUGUAUCUGGAAGUGGUUUCGGCAGCUAUAUCGAAGACCUCAGGGUGUAUGCAGGCAACAUCAAGUUAGAAGUUAAAGCCGUCACAGACAGCAUUCUCACACUGCAGGUUGGCCCUCUGCCUGCAGGGACUCAUGCCCUAAAAUUGAUUGUCAUGAGUAAGGGACUAGCAUUAGGAAAUGCCACAAUUACCAGCCAGGCACAGGCCAGCCUACAGCCCAGCUCAGGCAGUCUAGCAGGAGGGACGCUUCUAACAAUCACAGGCAAUGGAUUCGCAGCAGGAAACACCAGUGUGAUGCUGGGUUCAUACCCAUGCACCAUAAUGACUCUAACUCCUUCCAUGGUGACUUGCUUGACACGUUCCUUUACUGAAGCACAAGUGCAAGUCAAUAUUAAGGUCUUUGGAGUGAAUUACCCACCUCUAAGCUUCAACUACACUCGCAAUCAAACUCCCAACAUCACCAGGGUUAGCCCUACAACAGGUCCCAGUGGAACAGAGAUCACAGUUUCAGGAUCUGGUUUUGGCUCAGCAGCUGGUCUGGUUUCCAUGCUGAUAGAUGGUGCACCAUGUAAUAUUUCAUCCAUCACAGACACAACUAUACAGUGCACUGUGGGUGAACAUGCAGGGGGAACGUUCCCAGUUACACUGUAUCACCAGAACAAAGGUUAUGCUUUGACCCAGGCUAACUUCAGCUAUGAGUUGCGUAUGACACAAGUCGUGCCUAACAAAGGAAGCUAUGGAGGUGGUGCAGUAGUAGCAGUCCAAGGCUCUGGAUUUGACCCAAACUUUUCACAAAUUCUGAUCUGUAAUACACAAUGCAAUGUCAACCGAAACACAUCAACUUCAACAAAUCUGUACUGCCAGGUGCCACCCAACAAUGGAACUCAAGCUGUGUUGUCAUGCACGGUGGUAGUGCUGAAUAGAUACGGAUCAGCCAACAUUACAAAUGGCUACACAUACAAAACCAGUCUUACACCUGUCAUCACGGAUGUCUCACCUCGCCGAGGAGGAACAGCUGGAGGCACUUUGCUUACAAUCGCUGGCUACGGUUUCAGUGGAGGGAUGGUUAGUGUGACAAUCGCAGGGUCAGUGUGUGACGUCCAGUCAGCCAAUGACACCCAGGUCAUCUGUGUGACCAAUGCCCAGGCCAACUCCCAGCAAACUAAGGUCUUGGUGAAUGUCGGAGACAGAGGAAUGGCCCAGACGGAUAAUGCAAACUUUUUUUACAUUGAUGUGUGGUCAUCUCGGUACACAUGGGGCGGAGAAUCACCCCCUGAUGAGGGCACUUUUGCUGUGAUCACUAAAGGACAGACGAUCCUCCUGGAUGUUAGCACACCAGUGUUGAAGAUGCUUCUCAUCCAAGGUGGAACAUUGAUCUUUGACGAAGCAGAUAUUGAGCUGCAGGCAGAAAACAUUCUUAUCACAGAUGGUGGAACUCUUCAGAUUGGAACUGAGGCCAAACCAUUCCAGCACAAGGCAAUCAUCACACUACAUGGCCAUCUUCGUGCUCCUGAACUUCCUGUCUACGGGGCUAAAACCCUGGGGGUUAGAGAAGGAGUCCUGGACUUGCAUGGUAUCCCUAUACCUAUCACCUGGACACGCCUUGCUCAAACCGCUAACAAUGGUUCCAAUACUCUCGUUUUGAUGGACUCCGUAACCUGGAAAGUUGGAGAUGAAAUUGUCAUUGCAUCAACAGGUGCCAGGCACAGUCAACAGCAAAAUGAAGUGAUGACGAUUGCAUCUGUGUCACCUGAUGGUCAAACCUUAACACUGACUAGUCCUCUGAGUUACACCCACCUUGGAAUAACUGUCACAUUACCUGAUGGCACCAUGUUUGAGGCAAGGGCUGAGGUUGGCGUGCUUACCAGGAACAUCGUUGUCCGUGGGUCCAUUAACACAGAAUGGAAUGAUAAAAUCCAGGCAUGUCCUGAUGGAUUUAAUACAGGGGAGUUUGCCACCCAGACUUGCUUUCAAGGGAGAUUUGGGGAAGAAACUGGAAGUGACCAGUUUGGUGGCUGUAUUAUGUUCCAUGCACCUCGGCCUGGUGAAAAUCUGGCAAUAGGAAGAAUUGAAUAUGUUGAGAUAUUCAAUGCUGGCCAGGCCUUUCGUCUGGGUCGUUACCCCAUCCACUGGCAUUUGAUGGGAGACAUUAAUUUCAAGUCUUACGUUCGUGGCUGUGGCAUCCACCAGACCUACAACCGUGCAGUCACCAUUCAUAACACACACAGGCUGCUGGUGGAACAUAAUGUCAUCUAUAACAUUAUGGGAGGAGCCUUUUUUAUUGAGGAUGGCAUAGAGACAGGCAAUAUUCUGCAGUACAACCUGGCAGUGUUUGUUCGUCAGAGCACUAGUCUACUAAAUGACGACGUGACACCAGCUGGCUACUGGGUCACCAACCCUAACAAUACCAUCAGACACAAUGCAGCUGCUGGAGGAACACACUUUGGGUACUGGUACCGAAUGCAUGACCAUCCAGAUGGCCCUUCCUAUGACAGUAAUAUCUGCCAGAAGAUGGUGCCUUUGGGUGAGUUCUAUAACAAUACAGCUCACUCUCAAGGCUGGUUUGGCCUGUGGAUCUUCCAAGAGUUCUUCCCCAAGAAGGACGGCAAGUGCAGCUCUACUAUACCUGAGCCAGCUGUGUUCCGCAAACUCACAUCCUGGAACAACGAGAAGGGAGCAGAGUGGGUGAAUGCAGGAGCGGUGCAAUUCAACAACUUUCUCAUGGUUAACAAUGAGGUUGCAGGAGUGGAGACCAAGCGCAUUAUCCAGCAGCAUGUCAGCGGUUGGGGGCUAGACAAAGGUGCAGGACUGGUCAACAGCACUAUAGUGGGGCAUGUAGAUGAGCUUGGCCUGGGGACAAACUACUGUACCAGUCGUGCAAUUGUCCUGCCCCUGGAAGAUGGCAUGAGUGUCAUCAACACUACAUUUAUUAACUUUGACCGGCCAAAUUGUGCUGUUGUUGGGGUGACCACUAUACAAGGAACCAGUGGCGACUUUGCUGGGGGAUGGACUGUCAAAUUUAGUGGAAUUCAAUUUUACCAGUCACCCAACAAGGCUAACUUUAGAUGGGAACAUGAAAUUGCUCUAUUGGAUGUUGAUGGAUCACUGACAGGUAAUUCUGACUACAAGGUAGUGCCAAAGAGCAACCUGCUGGAUCCUGCCCACUGCUUUGGCAAUGCUUCAUGGAGCAUAGGCUUCCCCGGGACAGUGUGUGAUAACACAAUAAACUUCCACCGACUAGGGAUUAAUUCCUCUUUACCCUCUUCACUUUUGUUUAAGGAUCUCAUACUCACCAAUACAUAUGGCACAAGCGUUGUUCCCUUUGCUGAUAAACUGAUUACCCAUAAAUCUGGUUGGAUGGCUCUAAUUCCAACUGACAAAACCUACACCUGGUACUUUCGCAAUGCUUUGCAAAUAAGCAACAUCUCAUAUAGCGCUGUGUUUUAUGGCUUCAAGCCUCAGGAUUAUGUGAUAAUAAAUCACAAUCUGACUCAGAGUCCUGACCAGGUGUUUGUGAUGGACCGUAGAAAUGGAUCAGCCAAUCCCCUGAAUCCUGAUGUGAAUAUAAAUGGAGACUGGUACAUGGACAAGUCCUCCAACAACCUCUACUACAUUGUAUCCGGCAAAACAACUGCUUCUAAAAGACGACGGAGGAAUAGCGUAGACAGAUCGACCUCAGACAUUUCAGUGGCAUUUGGAGUUUAUAACUGCUUCUACACCAAUUGUGCACCACCUCAACCAGCCACUGUUGCACCACCUCCCAGCCGCCGACCUGCCAACUUCAUUGCCUGGUCCAAUCAGUCAUUCUGGCUGUCAUCUGCGGAGAAUAACUUCACUGUACCGAAAGAAGGUGCCAAUGUUGUCAUUCCCUCAGGCAAAUGGGUAGUUUUAGAUACUUCUUUACCACCCUUAAAGAACCUCACAGUGAUGGGAGUCCUGGAAAUUCCAGAUAACAUGACAACCAUGUCCAACCGCACCACAGACAGUAUUGUCCUCGAUGCUACUUAUAUUUCAAUUCUGGGAGGACGUUUGAUUGCUGGAUGGUCAGACCAGCCCUUCAGCGGACAACUAAAAAUCAUUCUGAGGGGAAACCAACGCACACUCGAGUGGCCUCUGCCAGCUGGACAAAACCAAGGAUCUAAAGUGCUGGGUGUGUUUGGUUCUCUUGACCUCUAUGGCAUGCCACAUAGAGUUUAUCGCACUAAACUUGCCAGCACUGCUUGGGGCGGCUCCAGCUCUCUCUCACUUCAGGAGCCUGUGGACUGGCAGGCAGGAGAUGAGAUUGUGUUGUCGACCACCAGUUAUGAUCCAUGGCAGACAGAGACUCGUACUAUAUCAGCAGUCUCCAACAAUGGCCUUACACUAACCUUGGAUCAGCCGCUCACAUACACACACAUCGCGGAGAACUACACAGCACCAGGAACAUCCAAGACCUACAGGCUAGCUGGUGAUGUGGGUCUGCUAAGCAGGAACAUUAAGAUCAUUGGGGGAGAUUAUCCAGAACUUUUCAGUGAGUCAUUCGGAGCCAGAGUGUUAGUUGGAUCCUUCUCUGCUGGAGGAAUUGACUACAGAGGAAAGGCCCAGAUUAGGGACGUGGAGUUUUACCACACUGGACAGGAGGGAUGGACAGACAGCACCGAUCCUCGAUACUCUGUGGCUUUCCUUAACUUGGGAAUGGUGAGUCAGAAUGAGUCUUAUGUUAAAGGAUGUGCGUUUCACCAUGGCUUUGCUCCUGCUAUCGGGAUCUUUGGAACAGACGGAAUGACUGUUGAUGACAAUAUCAUUCAUCACACUGUAGGAGAAGGAAUCAGAGUGUGGGGCAAUAAGGUCACGCUCCGGGGGAAUCUGGUUACACUGACACUUUGGCCAGGGUCAUACAAUGGAAGACAAGAGCUUUUGAAUUCCAACUGGCCGGCAGCUAUUGAGGCUAACAUGGGGGAUAAUGUAGUUCUUCAGGGGAACAUUGUUGCUGGAUAUGAAAGAGUGGGAUUUCGAAUCAAUGGAGAACCAUGUCCAGGAUCUUUGAAUCCAGUGGAUCAGUGGCAGCAGAACGAGGUUCACGGCGGUCUGUUCGGAGUCUACAUGAAUAAAGAUGGACUGUCUGACUGUUCUCAAAUCCAAGGAUUUACCAUUUGGAGAAGUUUUGAUUAUGGAAUUUAUUUCCAGGUGUACAUGAGUAUCAUAGUUUCCAAUGUGACCCUUGUUGACAAUGGAAUGGGGAUCAUGCCAUUAAUCUAUGAGCCUCCAUCAGUCACUCAUGAAUACUCCAAUAAAUCUGUCAUCAUCCAGGAUUCCUUAAUUGUUGGCAGUAGCCCCAACUUCAACUGCACUGACACACUGUCUGUAAAUGACACCAAUAUUGCUCUGAGUGGAGGGCAGAGGGCACCCCGGCCUCUUAAUGGUGGAAGGUCUGGAAUAUGUUGGCCAACAUUUGAAUCUGCUCACAAUCAUGCUCCAAUGAAACCUCACGAUUUACUCAUGAGCUACAACACCAUUAGUGGAUUCAUGAGUGUCAAAAGAACUACAUUUGUUGGGUUUAGGAAUGUGUGCUCAAGUGAAACGAAUUACAUGUUUUUCACCAAUCCGAACAAUGAGGACCUGCAGCACCCGAUCAGUGUUCAGUCAAUCACUAAGAGUAACAGCACGGAGGAGGCUCAAGUGUUCGUUCAUCAUCCAGAUCUGUCCAAAGUGAACCCAUCUGACUGUGUGGAUAUGGACUGUGAUGCUAAGAAGAAAAGCAUGAUAAAGGACCUGGAUGGUAGUUUCCUAGGGGCAGUGGGGGCAGUCAUUCCAUUCUCUGAGUACGAGUGGGAUGGGGAUCCCCGACAUGGCUUGGGAGACUAUCGCAUUCCCAAAGUCAUGCUUACUUACCUUAAUGGCAGCCGAAUCCCUGUAGCUAAUGUAGCCCCAUACAAAGGUGUGAUCCGGGACUCAACCUGCACAUUAAUGAGAACCUGGCAGGCCUACAAGUGCUUUGGGAUGAACUACAGGAUGCUGGUGAUAGAGAGUAUGGAUGCAGACUCUGAAACCAGACGCCUGUCCCCUGUAGCUGUCCUGGGAGAUGGAUAUGUAGACCUGUUGAAUGGCCCGCAGGACCACGGCUGGUGCGCCGGUUAUACUUGUCAAAAGAGAGUGUCGCUCUUCCACAGCAUUGUAGCCACCAACAAAUCCUUUGACAUCUAUUUCACUGGUGUGUCCCCUCAAAAACUGAGGCUUAUGAUGCUCAAUGCUAAUCCCCAAGAGACUGUGAAAGUGGCUGUAUUUUACUCAAAUCCUCAGCGUUUGGAUGUCUACGUCAGUGAUCAACUGGUUGCGCCAAACAAUGCUCAGUGGAAUACUGGCCACACUGACUACACCUUGCUUAAACCUACAUUUCCUGGACAAUAUGUCCCUACACUUAGUGGCACGGCUGGCUCCAAUUUCUUUGACCCUGACUACAAAAUGAUGCAUGUCCUCCUGCAAGGCUCUACCCCUGUCCAGAUCAUCACAUCUCCAUUGCUCUUCAUUUCCUUCAACCUCCCAGCCAUGACAGAGGAGGAGUUUUUUGGGGACCAGCUGAUCAACAACCUGGCUAUUUUCUUGAAGAUUCCUGCCUACAAGAUUCGUAUCACCAACAUUGUGCGGGAGAACAGCGGGGCACAGAGGCGAAAACGUUCCACUGGAUUAACGGUGGAGGUGGAGAUCAAGGAACCUCCCACCAACCAGACGUCUGCGAAUAGCACAAGUGAUUCAGAUCAGUUCACAAUGUUGAAGGCUGCUGCUGACACACUUGCCCAAGCUGCUGUCUCUGGCAAUCUCAGUCAGUCCAUUGGUUUUAAUGUCUCCUCAGUGGGUGUCAUUGUUCCACCUCCACCAGCUAAUGACCCAACUUGGAGCCAGGUGGCGAAUCAGGAGGUGACACGUGAGACUCAGUCAGUGCAGAUGGUGAGCAGUGUGUCCACUCUGAUGGUGGUGGUGGAACCAGUGGCAGGGCUUAAUCCUGGAACUCUCAGCAUACAACCUGUCAUCAUGGCCUUGGACCAACAGGGUAACUGUGUAUCUGUUGGGGUAACAUCGCUCACAAUUACAGCUGUGCUUAAAGAUGCAUUUGGAAACCUAGAAGAUGGCUUGUUUGGAACUACAACCAUCCCCUUCCAAAGCUGCUUUGCCAAUUACACUGACCUGGCCAUCAAUACCACUGGGAAGAACAUGACACUGGCUUUUACUCUGAACGAAUGGACAGCGCAGUCCCGAUCCUUCACUGUAAACUCACUCUCAACCACAACCUUCACCACAACCUCCACUACACAAUCCACCACAACGAAGACCACCACAAUGCAAGAUCCAAAUGAUGACCACAACAGCAUCUUUGACUCCAGUCCUGGCUUCACAACGCACACUGUGUAUAUGAUAAUGCUACUCGGUGUACUGCAUCUAAUCUACACUGUGGUUUUGGAGAACAAAUAAAGCAAAUGUACCUAAUUUUGUGAUAAAUAGCUUGAUGACAAUGGAUGCGUAACAAAAUCUGAAUAUAUUUCUUUUCUUUUUAUUCUUUUCAUAAAUACUUUUAAAGGUAAAAGUGUGUGUUGACAUAUUGCUACAAAAAAAAUUUCAGCUCUGACAUAUUUACAGUUAUUAACUGAUUACAUAUAGUAAAUAUAAAUAUUCUGUUGUUUUCCCUGCAUAUUCUACACAACAAAGACAUAUAACAAUAACAUGUCUUCAUGUGUAUUUUUUUUCACAUAUAUUACAUGUAAUAUUAUACAUCUUAUACACCUGACCAUAUGAUUGGUAUGUGCUUUUUGAACUUCUUGUUCCACGUUUAGUUCCCAUUUGCCGUUAUAAUAAGCUCCACUGUCUUGGGAAGAUGUUCCAAU